AUGAAUGGAAUGAUGAUAGUUAUUUUACUGAUUGGAAUGAGUUAUGGACUUCCAAGAGUUGACGGUGAAUGUUGUUUCCAAAGUAGUGGUGAUAGAUGUGAAUGUAACAAAGCAUAUUCAUGUCAUAUUCCACCAUUAUAUUUUGGGUCAGAACAAUAUCUUCCACCAUGUCCAAAUAGUGAAUGUAAUGACAAUUGUGUAUUUAGUGAUUGGUUAAUUUCAGUUAUUUGUACUGUUGGGGUAUUUUUUAUUGAUUUAUUAUUUAUUGGAACAACAUGGUUGAUCUGCAGAAGACGAUGUGAAGAUAGUUAA